GUCUUGUUCUAAGCUCAGAAUCUCUUAUUUUCAUUUCCUAGCUUAAGUUGUUGUCCCUCUCUGUUCGUUUCACUUUCAAUUCUCCUUCAGUUUUCUUCUUCUUCUUCUUUUUUCCCUCUCUGUUUCUGUCUUUGUCUUCUCCAGCUGAGCUGAAAAGACUUGCAAGUGAAUUUCAGUGUACUUUUGGUUUUUCACCUUGUUGAAAAUGAAAUAGUAAUGCUGAUUAUUUAAGAACUUGUUUUCUCUUCAUUUCCUGAGGGAACAGAGGUUUACCCUUGUUUUCUCCUCAGCUGUCAUUCAAAAUUAGCCCACUUUUCUUCCCAUUAUUUUCCUGAAAAGACCUGUUUUCAAGGUUGUUUUUUUUUUCCCAACUUUUGUAUUAGUCUGUUGGUUUUAGCUGAGAAUAUCAAGUAAAUAGUUGAACCAAUAGAAGCAACUUCAUAAAACAACAUUCAUUGCUUACAAAUUUGGAUAGGCUAUAUGAAAGCUGUGAAACAAUGAGAGAUGGAAACUCCAAGAAGAGCAAGCUUUCAUGGCCCAAGACAUUGGUCAAGAAGUGGUUCAAUAUCAAGAAUAAAGCUGAGGACUUUCAUGCAGAUGAAGUUGAUUAUGGAGGUGUUGAUGAAGAUUGGGGGCACAACUUCUCAGAUAGGGAGGCAUGCACUAUCAAGAAAAGCAAAACAGAGAGAUUGAGCAAGAGGUAUUCGGACCGAGUUCGACGAAGUAAAAUUGAUCCCGACCUCUCUCAGUUUACGGAUGUGCAUAAUUAUAAGAUUUUUGUAGCUACAUGGAAUGUGGCUGGAAAGUCUCCUCCUAGUUAUUUGAAUCUUGAAGAUUGGCUUCCUACCUCUCCUCCUGCUGACAUUUAUGUUCUCGGGUUUCAAGAGAUUGUUCCUUUAAAUGCUGGUAAUGUUUUGGGCACUGAAGACAAUGAACCGGCCAGGAAAUGGUUAGCUCUCAUUAGGAAGACUCUGAAUAGCCUUCCUGGUACCAGUGGUGGCUUCCACACACCUUCACCAAUCCCUGAUCCACUUGUUGAACUGGAUGCGGACUUUGAAGGAUCAACGAGACAGGAAGCUUCAUCUUUCUUUCACCGCCGAUCAUUUCAAUCCUUGAGUCGUAGCAUGAGAAUGGAUAACGACAUGGCAAUGCCUCAACCGAGGCUUGACCGUCGCUUCAGUGUUUGUGAUCGGGUUAUUUUUGGUCAUAGACCGAGUGAUUAUGACCCUAACUUCAGAUGGGGUUCCUCUGAUGAUGAGAAUGGACCUGGAGAUUCACCAAGCAACGCUCAGUAUACCGAAUAUUCUCCAAUGUCCUAUGGUGGAUCUUUUGCCUUAGAGGGAAGCAAUAGACACAUGGCGCAUUCAAGGUACUGUCUGGUUGCCAGCAAGCAAAUGGUAGGGAUAUUUCUAACGGUAUGGGUGAAGAGUGAUCUUAGAGACUAUGCUCGCAACUUGAAAGUGUCCUGUGUUGGCAGAGGAUUGAUGGGUUAUCUUGGAAACAAGGGUUCUAUAUCUAUUAGCAUGUUUUUGCAUCGAACCAGCUUUUGCUUCGUCUGUAGUCAUUUAACCUCAGGGCAAAAGGAGGGUGAUGAGCUGCGAAGAAACUCUGAUGUUAUGGAGAUCCUCAGAAAGACAAGGUUUCCCAGGGUUCAUGGAAUGGGAUAUGAUAAUUCUCCCCAAACGAUUCUAGAGCACGAUCGUAUUAUAUGGCUUGGGGAUUUGAAUUAUCGGAUCGCUUUGUCCUACCAUUGUGCAAAGGCUCUAGUUGAGAUGCGCAAUUGGAAAUCACUAUUAGAGAAUGACCAGCUUCGAAUAGAGCAGAGGCAUGGCCGUGUAUUCGAGGGAUGGAAUGAAGGCAAAAUACAUUUCCCUCCUACAUACAAGUUCUCGAAUAAUUCAGACAGAUAUGCCGGGGAGGAUAGGCGUCCAAAGAAGAAGCGAAGAACUCCUGCAUGGUGUGAUCGUAUACUGUGGUAUGGAAGAGGUCUCUAUCAGAUAUCUUACGUUCGUGGAGAGUCCAAGUUCUCGGACCAUAGGCCCGUUUAUAGUGUAUUUUCAGCAGAGGUCGAGUCUACUAGCCAUAAUCGAAUCAGGAAAAGCAUGAGUUGUUCCAGCGCCAGGGUUGAGGUUGAAGAGCUGUUGCCAGUGUCACAUGGAUAUACAGAACUCAGUUUCUUUUGAGAGUUUUUUGACAGUCCUCAUUCCAUGCUACACUUCCCGGAAGACUUGACUCAGUAUUAACUGCAUGGCUGUGCAAGGUGAGUAAAUGCCUUGUGGAAACUAUACCAUGGUGGCGAUGAACACGUACCAUCGACAGCAAUCUGAAAGAAGGUUCUAAUCUGUAUAUUGUCAAUAAAUUCCCGAACUCCAGAAGAUCGUGGCAUGUCAUUGAUUCACUACCAUUGGAAACUGAUUUAACAUAUGACUUUUUUUUUUCUUUUAAGAUUCUUUUCAAUGGAAAAAAAAAACAAUAAUGAAUUGGCACUUACUUUUUGCACAAGUGAUGGAAGAUAAAAAAAGUCUGGAAGCUGAAGAUAUGAUGGAUGCUCAUUACUAGUGGAUAAAAAAGAACAAGUUUUGAUUUAUGUAAACCUUCUUUUACUGUUGCUGCUAAUCAUUUUACUGAUAUAAAAAGAGAAACUAGUUUUGUUUCAACUUUGAA